GUAGCGAAACCCAACCCAAAGCAGAGCAGAGCGCCCGCCGUCAUGGGCAAGAUCAAGAUGCCGUCCCUCUUCCGCCGCAAGUCGCGCUCCCCAUCCCCGCCGCCCCAGUCCAACGACAAGGACGCCGCCGCAGCCAACCAUUCCCCGCCGCGGUCCCCUACCCGCACGGCCGAGCAGGAGAUGGAGCGCGUCUUCCGCAAGUUCGACGCCAACGGCGACGGCCGGAUCUCGCGGCCGGAGCUCGCCGCCCUCUUCGAGAGCCUGGGCCACGCGGCCACCGACGACGAGCUGGCACGCAUGAUGGCCGAGGCGGACGCCGACGGCGACGGCUUCAUCAGCCUCGCCGAGUUCGCCGCGCUCAACGCCACCGACGCCGCCGCCGUCGAGGAGGACCUGCGCCUCGCCUUCGGGGUCUUCGACGCCGACGGCAGCGGCGCCAUCUCCGCCGCAGAGCUCGCGCGCGUGCUGCACGGACUCGGCGAGAAGGCCACCGUCAGCCAGUGCCGCCGCAUGAUCGAGGGCGUCGACAAGAACGGCGACGGCCUCAUCUCAUUCGACGAGUUCAAGGUCAUGAUGGCAGGAGGUGGGUUCGCAAAGAUCGCCUGAACAAUCUCCGCGAUCCAGCAGCAGGUUCUUUCGUUCUUGGAUGGAUGGAUCAUCAUCAAAAGACUAGAUUUCGUCGAUCCGCCCUAUUUUUUCGCCCGUAUUCUUCUCCCCUGAUGAUCCGAGCGUUUGCGGUGGAAACUAUCAUCAAGUGUAUAUACAGAAGAAGAAGGAUCAAAAGAUCAUUAAUUAGCCCUAGAUUUUUCUGCUAUUUUUCUUUGUGCUGCCUGCCGAGUAAUAAUAGUAACUGCAAAUCGCGAAUAUUGAUUUGCGGAUAUCGAUCUAUGAUGAUAUUUCGAGACUUAAAAAAGAGUGGUUCACCGUUACUGAAUUUUCCAUCCUUAUCGUUGUCAUAUUCAGUUUCGAUUUCUGAUAUAUUGUGGCCUGCCAAUUGUGAGGUACCGGGUGCUUGGAA